GACCUUGGUCAGUUAAAAUACAUCUUGGGUCUGGAAUUUGCUCACUCUGAAACAGGUAUUAACAUGUGUCAACGAAAAUAUGCUCUUGAUAUAUUAACUGACACAGGAUUUCUAGGGUGCAAACCUGCCUGCGCUCCUGUGGACCCAACUACAAAAUUACAAUCUUGUUCUGACUCUGAUACAUUAACUGAUCCAACUGAGUAUAGGAAAUUGAUUG